AUGCUCUAUAUAACAACAUUAUUAAAACAACUUAAAAUCACUAAUGAAUUAACUCGAAGUAGUCAAAAUACACCCUGUAUCUACAGAGAGUUUCUUUUCUUUAUUUCUUUCCUGUUUUUUUCUUUCUUGUUUUUUUCUUUCUUCUGUUUUUUUCUUGUUUUUUCUUUCCUGUUUUUUUUCGUUCUUGUUUUUUUGUUUCCUUUUUUCUUGUUUUUUUUUCUUUCUUGUGUUUUCUUUCCUGUUUUUUCUUUCUUGAUUUUUCUUUCCUGUUUUUUCUUUUCUUUAUUGUUUUUUCUUUCUUGUUUUUUCUUUCCUGUUUUUUGUCUUUCUAGUUUUUUCUUUCCUUUUUUUCUUUCCUGUUUUUUUCCUUUAUUGUUUUUUCUUUCUUGUUUUUUUCUUGUUUUUUCUUUCUUGUUUUUUUCUUUCUUUUUUUUUUCUUUCUUGUUUUUCUCUUUCUUGUUUUUCUCUUUCUUGUUUUUCUCUUUCUUGUUAUUUCUUUCUUGUUUUUUUCCUGUUUUUUUUUCUUGUUUUUUCUUUCCUGCUUUUUUCUUGUUUUUUCUUUCCUGUUUUUUUCUGGUUUUUUCUUUCCUGUUUUUUUCUGGUUUUUUCUUUCCUGUUUUUUUCUGGUUUUUUCUUUCCUGUUUUUUCUUUCCUGUUUUUUUAUUUCUUGUUUUUCUUUUUUCUUUUUUUUUCUUGUUUUUUUCUUUCCUGUUUAUUUUUUUCUUGUUUUUUUCUGUCUUGUUUUUUCUUUCUUGCUUUUCUCUUUCCUGUUAUUUUCCUUUCUUGUUUUUUCUUUCUUGUUUUUUUCUUUCCUGGUUUUUCCUGUCUUUUUUUUCUUUCCUGUUUUUUUUCCUUUCUUGCUUUUUCUUUUUUGCUUUUUUUCUUUCCUGUUUUUUCUCUUUCUUGUUAUUUCCUUACUGUUUUUUCUUUCUUGUUUUUUCUUUUGAUUUUCAUUCCUGUUUUUUGGUUCUUUUUUUUUUCAUUCUUGUUUUUUUCUUUUUUGCUUGUUUCUUUCUUGUUUUUAUUUUUUCUUGUUUUUUUUCUUUCAGGUUUUUUUCAUUUCUGGAUUUUUCUUUCCUGUUUUUUUUUCUUGUUUUUUUCUUUCUUGUAGUUUUUCUUUCCUGUUUUUUCUUUCUUGUUUUUCCUUCUUAUUUUUUCUUUCUUUUUUUUUCCUGUUUUUUCUUUCUUGUUUGUUUCUUUCUUGUUUUUGUUCUUUCCUGUUUUUUUCUUUCUUGUUUUUUCUUUCUUGUUUUUUUUUGUUUUUUCUUUCUUGUUUUUUUUUUCUUUCCUGUUUCUUUCUUUCCUUUUUUGCUUUCCUGUUUUUUCUUUCUUGUUUUUUCGUUCUUGUUUUUUUAUUUCCCUGUUUUUUUCUUUCCUGUUUUUUUUCUUUGA